AUGGCCUCGGUGCCUCUCUGCGCGCUUGCGCAGCUGGGACUGCAGACCUCAAGCCGAGCUGUCCUGGAGUGGACGCUGAUCCGCGGCCCGGAGUCCGGCGCGACCAAGUAUAUCAUGGACGAAGAGCUCGUCCCCGAGGCCAAGUUCACCAUGAUCAUCGAUGGCUGGUCUGCACCCUUGUCCGCCGGAAACUUCCUGGACCUCGUGCAGCGCAAGUUCUACAACGGGCUGACCAUCACGCGAGCAGAUGGUUUCAUCAUUCAGACCGGCGAUCCUGGCGCGGAUCAGGGAAAUGGGUUUUCGCCUGGCCCCGGCCAGCCAGUUCGGACCAUUCCGUUGGAAGUUGGCAUUAGAGGCCGGAAAGAGGCUCUCUACGGCGAGACUGUGGAUGAGGCCAGACUGGUGGGCACGGAGGUGAAGACCCCAUUCCAGGUUGAUGGAACUUUUGCCCUCGCCCGCCGGGAGUUCGACAACGACUCGGAGCUUGCCUUAUUGCUGCCCUGCAACAUGUCGCCCAUUCCCGAAAGGGAGCCUAGUGACUUGAACGUUCGGUGUUGCGCAGUGCUGGCCUUCGCGCUGUUUGCCGGAGCCGGUGCCCUGCAGUGGGAAUAA